GGCAAUUAUAUAAAAUUUUUAGUGUAUAUAUUUUCGGCAAUUGCACAAUUAUAUAUACUUUGCGAGAAUGGAGACACUUUGAUGAGUCAUUCUUCUUUAACAGCGCAGUGCCUCUAUAGUUGUAACUGGGAAAGCUCAAAUUUGUAUUUAAAAAAAUAUAAUUAUACAAAUUUUCAGAAGCACAUUAGCCUAAUGAUUCAUUGCAGUCAGAAGCCAGUAAAAAUAACAGCAUUUAAAUUUUCAACUCUGUCAUUACAAAGUUUUAGUGCGAUCUUAAGUACUUCAAUAUCGUAUUUUACUUUGUUGAGGUCGUUGUACAAUGAUGCCAAAAAAUAAUUGCAUUUAAAAAGUUUAACAAUAUCGACGUUUUGGCUUUUAAAUUUAUUUUAAAAAAAUUAAUAAUGUAGAACCAAAGUACUGCUUUGGUUAUUCCAUGAUAGGAAACCGAAGCAUAUCCAACCUAUAAUCAGUUAUGGACAUGUUAGUACCACCUUUUUCAAGCGUUAUAUUCAAUCGAAAAUUGACAAUGUCUUCAUCGAUUCGUCCAUGGUUACCAUCUCAUCUUGAUAUAAAUAUAACUUAAAGCUACACCGGCAGAGGUUUAGGCAGCGCCAUCACAAUCAGAAUCAUCUUACGCGGUCUUAUCCCAUUGCAACAGCUUUGGAGCCGCAGAAGGUCAUCCAUGAAAUAUCAAGGUCAACCAGCGAGUUGGGUAUCCCCGAGGACGACAAUAGACUUAAAGAGGGAGUAGUUAACAUAAAACACACUGACGAAGCAUAUGCGCAGUUAUGGGCUUUUCCCAUUACCAUUAAAUGUAUCUGAUCACCUGAUUCUUGCACUUAAUGCGGGAUCAGCCAUUUCCGCAGUCGAGAAGAUGUAAAAUAUUCUUUAGAAUUAAGUUCUGUUUGAUCUAAUAAACGAACACUUGCCUCA